UUUCCCUAAUGUUUGAGGCUUGAAUAGAGUUCCUCAUUUUUGUACUACAGUUAGUUCCUGUAGCCAGUAGCUUCAUGGAGGGGUUUCCUGUCCACUGACCCAGCAGGCUGCCUCACGGGACCAGCAGCCAUGUCCGCCUGCAGCACAUUUACCGAGCACGUGUGGAAACCAGGAGAGUGUAAGAACUGCUUCAAACCUAAGAGUCUGCACUGUCUGGCUCAGAGUGGUGGAGGGAAGCCUCCCUCUGAACAGAGGCCUUCAGCAUCUCAGCAUCUGAUUCCACCCCCUGCUGGGCUCAGAGCCAAUCCUAACCUUGCCAGCAACUCCCAGAGGGCUGGCAGUGGGUCUGCCCGCUCAGGACACUUCCGUCCACCAGUGGCUAAGAAACCAACCAUUGCUGUUAAGCCGACUAUGAUGCUGCCCUGCUCUUCUGCUGGACUGGAUCCAGAUGGCAACAUGCAACGCCCACCAAAUUUAAUAGAACAGGGCAAAACAUCAGCCUUCACGGUCUGGAAUCGCAAUGGACUGAAUUGUAAGAGGCCAGGUGGUCCUAGCAACAACAACGUAGGAGAGGAUGGCAGUGAGGAGAUUGAGGGUUAUGGACCACUUAGCCCACUGAGCCCUAGUGGAAAUAACAACAACAGUGGACUGACAGAUGUCCUAAAGGAGAUUGCUGGGUUAUGCCCUGGCCCAAGCCCCAUGCACCCUUCUGUGCCUAAGGACUUGUUUUGGGGGCGAAUCAGUAGCUCAUACCAACGGUCCUUGGAAAGAGGCCUUCCAGCCUCAAGCUGUCUGGCCAUUGGAAGCAGCGGUAGUGGUGGUGGCACUACCCAAAAACGUGUAUCCCUUAGUGAUAGCACAGACAUCAUCAGUACAGAGGGUGGUCGCUUUUGCUACCCAGAAUUUUCUAGUGAAGGCGAAGAUGAGGAUGAUGAGGAGGAUGAGGAGGAAGACUCUGAAAGGGAUGAUGAUGAACAUGAGAGUUGGGAUGAAAGUGAUGAAGAGUUGUUAGCCAUGGAGAUUCGAAUGCGAGGCCAACCAGGAUUUGCACAUUUCCGAGCAGCCACAUUGUCUCCAGUGCCCUUUGCUGCAGGGAAAAAGUGGAAUACUGUUCCACUUCGAAACCGCUCACUACAGCGGAUUUGUGCAGUGGAUUAUGAUGAUAGCUAUGAUGAGAUAUUGAAUGGAUACCCCUCCAUGGACUCCAAUGGAGUUCUUCUUCCUUAUGGGCCACAUGACAUGCAAGGCAGUGGUUUCCUCACAAAUUCAGAGUCCACAACUUCUCCAGAAUCAUCGUCAUCACUACCAGAGGAUUCUCGGACAACCUCCAGCAGUGGGAGCAGUGCAUCCUGUGCUCUUCGAAAUGGCUUGCAUUCUCCCACAUCUUCCAAAGCACCUGUUCCCUGCACUUCUCCUCCAAAAAAGGAGCCCGUCCACAGAGCACUGAGUCCACUCAAGGUGACUGAAACACACAAGGCUGUCUUGGCCAUUAGAUUAGAAGAACAGGAUGGCAGUGAAGGUGCAUCAAUGCCCCAGGCCCUUCCUGGUCAACCAGUGACUAUAAGUUUUAGUCCCACAGAGGAGCAAGCUAAACCAUACCGUGUAGUGAAUCUGGAAAAAUCGCUUAUCUGUAAGCCUUAUACUGUAGUGGAUGUGUCAGCAUCCAUGGCCAACAAAGACGAACAGAUUCCAGACUCUACUCCAAAACCCAACAACCUGUCAAUGCCUUCAAGCCCUACAUCAUUCUGUAGCACUCCUUUAGGUCAGCCCCUGUCUCCAACCUCCCCUAUUUCUCCAUCUACACCUGUCAAGCCAACUUCAACCACAUCUGUUGCCCCAUCAAGUACCUCCCGAAAGAAAUUAGGGAGCAUACGCUACCAAGAAGUGUGGACAAGUCCUCGCCAAAAGAUACCUAAAGUUGAUCACGGGGUUGGGAGUACUCCUGGCCCUUCCAUCUCUUUUCCACACUGCAGCCACAAGUCAGCUCCCACUUCUCCAAUUGCUGGGCUGUCUUCCUCCCGCACUGUACCGGUAAAAUCCCCCAACUUAUCAGAGAUCAAGUUUAACAGUUUCAAUAAUGCAGGCAUGCCUCCUUUUCCAAUCAUUAUUCGAGAUGAGCCAGCCUAUGCCAGCAGCUCCAAGAAUGCUGUGAAGGUACCUAUAGUUAUCAAUCCAAGCGCUUAUGACAAUUUAGCUGUGUACAAGAGCUUCUUGGGACUCAGUGGGGAACUGCACCAGCCAAAAGAUGUAGGUAGUAGGGUCACCAGCCAUACAUAUGAAGAGAUUGGAUCUUCUGAGAGUGUCCAGUCCUCCUCAACAGAGAAAACCAUCUCUGGUAGAUGGACAUCAGAGAGAGCCUCUUUUGAGGAGACAAAAUCUCCACUUGAAGCAUUGUCAAAAGCAGCAAAUUUACAACCUAAAACCACUACAGACUCUAGCACUGUGACAAGCACUGUGAGCUCCACCGUUGGGGCCCUAUCUCCCAAUGCAUCAACAAAUUCCCCUGCCAUUCUUGCCAUUACUGCAAACCUACCUAAAAACAGCCCCACUGCCAUUGCUGUUACACGCAUGUUCAAGACAAGUGGAGACACUACUUACAGUAAUGAUGAUGAGACAGACUUAGCUUUGUCUCCUGGGACAGUAAGCCACAGGGAGGAGGCAAGCACUGUGCUUUCACAGAUUGUGGCCUCCAUCCAGCCUCCUCAGUCUCCUCCAGAGUCACCUUCAGCACAUGACCAAACUUUCAGUUCUGAGGAGCUGUACGCCCUACCACCUGAUGCCAUGAAGGAGACCCUCACACGACCCAAGUCUAUCUUCUCUGCGACUGAUGGCUGUCUUUCCAAACCCAAAAAGGACACACCCUCAAAAGUUUUGUCUAAAUCCCAGAGUGCCUCUGCUGCUGUCACACUCUCCAGCACCCGGUCAGAGCCCAGUCCCCCCUUCCCCCCUCCAAGAUCUACAUCUUCCCCUUACCAUGCUUCUAAUAUCCUCCAGAGACACUUUGGCAACUGGACCAAGAGCUCAGCUUCCAGUUCCCCUGUAAGACCCAGUGAAGGUGAAGCAAGUCCAGGUGGAGAGGGGAGACGUAUUUCAGAAAGUUCCAAACCCAAACGUUGGAUCUCCUUCAAGAGCUUUUUUCGUCGGCGGAAAGAGGAGGACGAGCAGAGAGAGAAGGUGGAGAGAGAGAAGGAAAAGGGGAAGCUGGUUGGGCUUGACGGAACAGUCAUUCACAUGCUUCCACCACCACCAAUCCAACAUCAUCACUGGUUCACUGAGGCCAAACCUGAGGAUCCCACUCAGAAACCAACCAUCAUAUUCACUUAUAAACCAGAGAGUGGCAGCACUCCUGGUGAUGGAGAAGGAGAAUUACGAGUAGAGGAGUGCAGAGAAACUGCACUACUGACACCUGAUGAGAGCAAAGAGUCCAGACCUUUGAGCCCGGGGCAGACCCCACCCGCACACACCACUGGAGGCGAUCUCAACAACAAGGACAUGAGCCAGGUACCAGGCGGUGCCAGCAAUGCCAGGGAUCGGGAGCUGCCCGGUGCCGCCUCCCUGCCUGCCAGAGUGAAUCUGGGGCUGGUGCUUGGGGAUGGGGAGGAGGGCCGUGCAAACCAGGCUGCCACACCAGCCUCAGCCAGCGAGGGCAGCGCCAGCCUUGGAGAGCCAGAGGAGGAAGGGAAUCACUCCCAUCACUCCCACUCUCCCGCCUCCAGCCAAUGCAGUGCCACCUACAGCAACCUGGGUCAGUCCAGAGCCAACAUGAUCCCACUGAAACAGCCACGGAAUAUCAAAGCAUCAAACGACACUCUGGCUUCCAUCGACCUUGAUGGCCCUACUGACCAGCCUGCCCCGAAGGCCACACCACCACCGCUACCUAAAAAGUCCGUUCCUCGCUCCAGCACAGAGCCCAGCCUGGGAGGCAAAGAGCUACCCCAGGGAGCCCUGAGACCUCGGGCUGAAGCUAAACCUGGGGGCACCAACCUGAGUGUGGCCAACCCUCUCUACGACUUGGACUCUACCUGGGAGACAGCCAGUCAGAGCUCCUCUCUCAGCUCUGAGCCACACCGAGUCCAUGACCAUGAGAGCGGUGACUCCCUCGAGAGGCCAUCAGCCGCCACAGCCACCAACAAGGGCCGCCCGACUAACAGUAUGUCCUCCCUUAUGAACCAACCCACUGCUGCACCCGGUGCCCCCAGAGAGAGGCAGGCCUACCCGAGGACGGAUUCUCUUGGAGGGAGGGGUCGGCCACCCGGUCGAGGUUCUGCCGCUGGAGGAGGAGCCUCCAAGCCCCACAGACCUUCUCUUUACAGGGGGUUGGACAGCUGGGAUGAGGUGGUGGGGAGGAUCAGAGGGCUUCACACUGAAACGCUGCGGAAGCUGGCAUCCAAAUGCGAGGACCGUUUCAUGGCUGGUCAGAAGGAUCACCUGAGGUUUGGCACUGACAGCUGGUCCCACUUCAGGCUGACCACUGGGAAACCCUGCUGCGAGGCGGGAGAUGCUGUAUACUACACUGCUUCCUACGCCAAGGACCCACUGGUCAACUACGCCAUCAAGAUCUGUCGGAGCAAAGUGAAGGAGACCCAGCAGCAGUUUUUCCACAGCCUGGCAGUGAGGCAGAGCCUGGCCGUGCACUUCAACAUCCAGCAGGACUGUGGACACUUCCUGGCUGAUGUCCCCACCCGCCUGCUACCCUGGGAAGAGGAGGAAGAAGAAAAUGAGGAGGAAGAAGAGGACGAGAAGGAAGAUGUAAAUGGGCUGAAGGAGAAAGCGAUUAAGACAGAAAUCAAGACAACAGACACCAAAGCUCCAAAUGGUAAAUUAGAUGAAACCUCAGCAGCAAGUCACAUGACCACCGCCGGCCGCUUAAGGAGCCGAGUAGUCGUUAUCACACGUGAGGUCCCCUUCCAGACGGUGUCUGACUUUGUUCGGGAAGGGGUGUCCCGACAUGCCCAUAACCCGGAGCUGUAUGAGCGCCAGGUCUGUCUGCUGCUGCUCCAGCUUUGCUCUGGCCUGGAGCACAUGAAACCUUAUCAUGUGACCCACUGCGACCUGCGACUGGAGAACCUGCUGCUGGUCCACUGCCAACCUGGCAACCCCUGGAAUCUGGACAUCCUGGAGCCCAACAACAACAGCAACAGCAGCAGCGGCAGCGCCGGUGCGACCGCUGCCAGUGCUGCUGCUGCAGCCGCCAACGCAACCUGCCCCGCCCGCCUCAUCAUCAGUAACUUCUCCCAAGCCAAACAAAAGAGCACUCUCAUGACCGCCGAUCCUGGUACGCUGCGCGACCAAUCACGGCUGGCACCCGAAAUCGUCACAGCAACUCAGUACCGCAAAUGCGACGAGUUCCAGACCGGGAUCCUCAUCUAUGAGAUGCUGCACCGGCCAAACCCCUUCGAGGAGACGCCAGAGCUGAAGGAGCGGGAGUACACGUGGGCUGACCUGCCGCCGCUGCCUGUUCGAUCGCUCUAUUCACAGGGCCUGCAGCAGCUGGCCAGGUUACUGCUCACCGUCAACCCCUCUGAAAGGAUCCGGAUGUCUGAGGCCCGGGCCUGCCUGCAGUGCCUGCUGUGGGGCCCUCGGGAGGACUUGUUCCAGGCGCUCGGCUGCAGCAGCACAGGCCCCAUGUCAGGAGCCACCUCCAGCCAGCGAGAGGCAACGCUCCAGAACUGGCUGGACCUGAAGCGGACACUGAUGAUGAUCAAGUUUGCAGAGCGCUCAAUGGACACGGCAUGCGGUGUGAGCCUGGAGGACUGGCUGUGCUGCCAGUAUCUGGCGUUUGCCACCACAGACACCCUGAGCCGAGUGGUGCACAUCCUGCAGCAACCGCAGUCACAUCCUCCGUCCCAGAACCAGACACAGCCAAUGCACGCAGCACAGAACCAAACCCAAACACAUCAUGCACACACCUUCCACCUGACACAGUCACAGCCACUCUGAGUUCCUCUGCUAGCUGUUACUAUGGCAACAGAUCCAACUUCCCCUGUGUGGUCCCUCUGCUGACGCUAAUGUGUGAUGCAAGCUAAUAGUCAGCUUUGUAGCAGCAGCCACAGUGCUCACCUAACACUAAUAGCUGGAUGUGCAAUGUGUGUGUGUGUGUGUGUGUGCGUGUGCGUGUGUGUGUGUGUGUGUGUGUGUGUGUGUGUUUUCAAAUCAAUCCACAGAGUGAGAGGCCGCGCUCCCAUCCAACAGCUUCAUGGUCGAGGGUUUUCAUAGCACUCACAUUACCAACAGCAGGAAGUGCAGCAAAUGAAGUGGCUCUCUAACAUUGGCGAAGGCAAUAUGAUAUAUGGUUGCAAAUGAAAGUAAUUCUGGCUCUUGACAGUGAAUUGGCAGACAUUAGCAGCUCAUCCUGCAUGUUAUAACACUCCACCAGUACUUGGUCAAAGACAUUCACCAAAUGUUUGAGGGAUUUUUUUUAGAUGUGUAUGUGUUUUUUCAGCAAAGUUCUGCAAAACUAUGGAGUUGUGAGAGCUGUACAGUAUGUUAGAUACAGUUUGCAGGGUGGAUUGAGGCAGAUUUAAAUGGAAUAAAUCUGAGAUUUUAUAGUUACACAUUAGUGUUACACAUUAAUAUUUUAUAGAGAAGUUUCAGCAGAUUCACAUUUAGAUUUUCUCACUUUGUCUUUGUGUCUGGAUAGGGAACUUGAUAUAGCAUCAGGAAUAGAGACUUUUAUCCCAAAUAUUUAACUCAUUAUUACAUAGUGUUGUAUUUUAGUAAACGAUUAACUCCUCAAAAGACACUGAUUCAAAUGAUGGAAAAACUAAAAAAGAGAAAUGAAGGGAGACCAUUUGAAGUUAAGGGAAUGCAGAAAAAAAGCUGUGGCUGAACAUGAUGGAUUAGUCAUCUUCAAAAUCUAAUCUAAUCAAGUUGAUUAGGUCUAGCCAGAUUUAUUUUAAUUAAAAGUGAUGGAAAAGUGAAACAUGUUUCACCAGUGAAGCCAAAGAACUGCCAUUUUCACUAAAGAUGUUUUUACAAGAUUUUACCAGAGAUGUUUAUUAUAAAAUACAUUCAGAUACGAUUACAGUAACAGUAAGUAAUAUUGGCUAAUCCCAAAGUUUGCACAGAUUAAUGAAAUGUCAUCUUUUUAAAAUCAUUUUUAAUAAGGUUAAAGCCAGUCUGGAGUUGAUUUAACAAAACAAAAAAACACCUUGAAUUCUUGAAUCACACCUUACUUUAACACUUGUGCACAGGGCUUUGAGCGAGGUAGGUGAUGAAUGCUGAGCUAAAUUUGGCUUUUUUGUCAGUAAACAAGUUUUAGACGUAUUCUCUUUCUCUCUCUCUCACUCAUAUUCAGGCUUUGAAGUUAAAAUGGGACACAACUCUCCCCGGCUGUUGUUUUGUUUCUUGUCGGAGUAUGUGCAAUGAAUAGAUUUGUUUUGUUAUUGUCUUUGGAGGUAAAAGUAACAUUUUUAACAUGUUAUGCAGCCUUUUACUAAUUCUUUCUUCCUUUUUUUGUUUUGUGGCACAUAAACUGAUUGAUGUCAGUUAAAUUCUGCAACUUUAGAAACAAAGUUAAGUUCAGCGUAAAGACUUUCUCACAGUGGAUGGGAGACAGGGACGUUUCAGGGACUGCCAAAAGGUAGUUAUUCUUUGUCUAAAUUGUGUUGUUUUUGUCAAGUUGUUUUCGAACGGUUCUGCGUUACGGAUGACAUUUGCACAUUCAGUCUGAACGUCGGCGCUCCUCGAUGGAGACUGGAGGACAUGAUGAUGCAGGAGAAACUGAGGAGAGUUCCUGUGAAUUAGAGGAACUGGAAAUGAUCUUUUUUUUUUCUGCAGCGUGUGGAAUGUAAAAGUUUGCCUGGACUGAAAGGGACAUUUGGACCUGUUCUCAUCUGCUUCUGAACACACACAUUUUCCGACCGAACCACUUCUGUUUCACAUAAAAACUCUCAUACGUACGAAACAACCACAGCCUCGAGACAAACGACCCAAACACUGAGACUUGCUUCCAUUCCACCUGCCUUGUUUACCGUCCUCAUGUUAUCCAGCUAACAGGAUGGCAGAUCCUGCAUCGAUGCUCACUGCCUGUCACUCUACAGAUUUAUUCUGCUUUAAUUAAAUGAGCUGUCUGUUAUUGAUCAGUACCUUCCAGCUUGGAGUCAGUGCAAAUAACAAAUGUACACAAGCCUCAGCUUCCCCAUAAAUGCAUACAGGUUUAUUUAUGGUUAUGAUGAACAAACUCAGUGUGCAGAACGUUUCCUUGAUAUUCACGCAGGUGGAUGAUGUUUUCAAAACGAUGCUGCUGAAAGGCUUUGCAUCCAAAAGUUUACGCUGGUAUUGCCACCACCUCUGGUUUUCUUUUGAUUUCUUCAAAAAACUUCAGCAGUUCAGCUUUUCACUUGGGGAAAAUGUACUAUUGGGAUCAGGAUCCUGUGUUAGUUUUACUGCAGAUGGACAGCACAAGACUUAAUGGUCCAUGGAGUGUAAAUGAGACAAAGCAGGUGUGUGUGUUGCUGCAUUAAAGGGUUUGUGUACUAAGGAAUGUGUGUGGACGGCACUGGUGGCUGUCCUUGUAUCUAGAGAUUUAAGCCUUUAUAUAGUAUAUAAAUAUAUAUAUAUAAAUAUAACCUUUAUCUAUUUUAAUCCACACACUAUUUUGUCGAGUAUGGAGCACCUCUAUUUCAGUCUUUAGAGAUUCUAAAUAUCAUUUAUUCAUUUGUAAAGCUUUACUUGACUUUCUUCAACCUCGCUUGUUUUGGGGGAAGAAAAAGAUGAGAAGUUAUCACUGUCCUGAACAAAGGAUAAAGAAAAAGAGAUCAGAGGAAGGAGCAUUAAUAUACAGAACAAUGUACAGUAUUUUUACCCCCCUCUUGUAAAUUUACCUGCUUAGGAGUUAAACCACUUUGAAAAUAGGCCGAAGAAUAGCUUUUGAACACCACAUUGAAAACCAACAUUCAUUAACAGUAACUGUACAGCCUACAGCAAGUAUCAUUUUCUUCCUCUCUCUGUUUGCUCUGGUUUUCUCUUUGCAUUGUUAAUUGCCACUGAACAGAAAAACAGAAUCUCUGUAAGGCUUUCUAUUGAUAUGUGUACAGUAUGUCUCCUGGCCUGCCGCCAUUUAUUGUUAAUCAAGUUAACCGUAACAGAACAAUAAAUAUAUGUUUUUAUAUAUACA